CAAGCUUAGAUCACUGUCCACCGAUAUUAUACAGUAUUCAUUAUUCAGUAUUCACCACAAAUUGUACCGGGACAAUCUGAAAUCAUAGUUCAUAAUUAUAAACAAACAAUUCUCUGCGAGAUAAAUCGCGUGAAUAUUUCUUAUUCCGUUCUGCGUUUCAGUGUUAAUUAUUUCGUGGCGGCAAUGCUAUCGCGCGUUCUGCUGACAUCUGAAACGUCAAUGUCGCUUGUUAGAUCGCACGUUACAUUUUUUUAGUCGCUUAAGUUCGUUGGUUAGUCUUUCUGCGGACCAUUCGAGCGUAUCCGUGGCGUACGAAACCACACAACGACAUAUAGCUGGAUACGAAACAACUACCAAAUUCAAUCAUAUUUUGCAGGACGGAACAGAAGACGACGACGAUCAGUAUCUAAUAUAAUUUGAGAGGCGAGAGAGUGAACUUGCAACGGACUGGGACGGGUCUCCAAAAACAGAGAGAAAACAGUCGUGAUAUUAAAAAUUUUUUUUUUUUUAAAAACAUCUUUCAUACUAAACCCGACGCAAACUGAUCGACUUAUGGAAACCUCGGAAGUUGACACGUCCAUACUGAGUUCGUUGCACGGUAACCGGUACGAUUACUUGCGGGCAGACGAUAAGGAGAGCUUUGGUGAUUCGGCUUUCCUAGCCGAAAACCUUGAAAAAGAUUUGCCAAAAACACUGCCUGAACUGUCUGAAAUUACAGACAGCGACACUUAUCUGCACAACAACGAACCGUCGCAGAUGAUGACUAUUGACAGUUCAUGGAGUGAAGAUUCAACAUCAUGUUUUCCUACAUCAACAAACUCAAGUUUUCCUAUUGCACUUCCAGGUCCUAGUGAUUUUGAAGAGUUCAAUAGUAUUCAAACUGUUCCUAGAGCUGAAACACCAGGAUUAGGGUUAAGCACAAUUUUUGCCUCUGAUGCCGAUUUAUCUGAUCCAACUGCGGAAAUUGGUGUUUGUGGUCUUCGAAAUCUUGGUAAUACAUGUUUUAUGAGUGCUGGCCUACAAGCUCUCUUAUCUACAGAGAAUCUUGUGUCAUAUUUUUUGAGCUUUGACAAUGAUGGAUCUGAAGAGACGUUAAUUGGACAAUUUUCUGAUCUUGCUAAACGUUUUUGGCAUGGACAGUAUAGUGUUAUUAAUCCACAUCAGUUCAAAUAUGUGUUGGGAAAACGAUACGCACAGUUCCGAGAUUGCAGCCAGCAUGAUUGUCAAGAAUUCUUGGCUCUUUUAUUAGAUAGUCUAAAUGAUGAACUAUUGAUGCAUUUUGCCAAACACUGCAAAGUAACAUCACGUAAAACUCGUAAGUCCCCAAAUCCCAGAAAAUUAUUGCCACGUGAAGUUGAUGAGUUUGUAAUUAGUUCGUCUGAAUAUGAAUUACCUCAAACUAUAUGUGACAUUUUAACAGAAAAAUUAUCUGAGGAUCAAGACUUCAUGACACAGAAAGUGAAUAAUUCCGAUUCUGAUGUUCUUGUGUCACCAAAUAAUGGUACCGCGAUGGCUUCUUCUGUAUCUUCUUGUGAACCAGAUCUUCUGAAGACCAAGGUACAAAUUAAUGAUUUGUUGAAUGGAAAAAGAGAAAUAUGUUGUGAUUCCUCAUCUGAUUCAAGACUUAUGGAUUUAAAGCGUGUAAAAUUAGAUGAUAAUAAAAUAUCUAAGUCUGAGCUUGUAGAAGCUGAUUCAAUAGGAUCUACUGUUCUUGAGAAACGUAUUCAACAAGAGUCCAUUAUCAAUAAAAUAUUUCAAGGACAAUUUGAAAGUUCUGUUACAUGCCUAGAAUGUAAUUAUGUGUCCGUUAUGCAUGAACCUUUCAUGUAUCUAUCUGUUCCUUUACCAUUUGCUACUCAACAACAAAUGUAUAUAACAUUUGUUAGUGCAACACAUAAUCCACCAAUGAAAUAUUUGAUUACUGUUAAUAAACAGGAUGAUAUUAAAAAAGUUAAAAGUGAGCUGGUAAAUUUGAUAGGUGAAGAUAAACAUCCUGAUAUGUUGGUUGUAGCUGAAGUUUUUAACAGACAUAUUUCAAAAAUAUUGAGUGAUGACCAUCAAGUGAGGAGUGUUGACUCUAAUAACCGUGACUUGUAUGCGUUUGAGGUGUUAGAAAUUAAUUUGGACCUUGUGAAUGGUGAUAUUGAAGAAUUUAUUGAAGGAAACACACAAAUUGAACCAAUGGAUAUAGACUCUGGAAAUAUUGAACAAGGAGACAUUUGUACCAUAUGCUUAGAGUAUAAACCUGAUAUGGUACUCCACAAAGAUAUCAAAGAUUGCACUUGUGUAUUGUGUGAAGAAUGCAUUAAAUCGAGUUGUUUUCAUUCUAGUGGAGAAAAAGAUCAAAUGGACUGUCCUGUUUGUAGAGUAAGAAUAGACCCUAAGGUGGAUUUAAUUCCAAUUGAACAACCCGCUGGUAAUAUAAAUCAAGCUAUACGACGUUUGACUAUUCCAAUCGUGUUUAAACAAGCUGAUGGAAAAAGUCUAAUUGGUCGACCAGCAUUGGUUCGUUUACCUAGUGAAGUUCCUGCUGAAGUACUUUAUGUUGAAGUGGCCAAACUUCAUCCGUACUCUGAAGAGUUCUCAUUAUCUUUAGUUGAUGGUCAGGGAACCAUGUGCUCUAGAUGCAUGUGGGAUGUACAUUGUGGCGGCUGUAUUAUUCCCAAAGAUGGUAUAAUCAAGUUUCGUAGCGGUGAUACACUAGCUGUUACCUUUGAAGACUUUGUAGAUGUAUAUUUGCUAGACACUAAAUUGCAUCCAGGAUCUACUGAACAAAUGCGAUCAAAUAAACCUCUUUCAAUAUAUGAUUGUAUUAAUGCUUUUUGCCAAAGUGAACUUUUAGAUGAUAAUAAUCCUUGGUGGUGUCCAUUCUGCAAAAAAAAUCAACGUGCCACAAAAACAUUGUCCAUUUCCAAAUAUCCUAGAUGUCUUAUUGUGUACUUAAAAAGAUUUGUUUUCCAUGAAAAUUGGGGAAUAAAACUACAAGAUAGUGUAGUAUUUCCUUUAGAUGGAUUGAUGUUGGAUAUAAAACAAGAAUUAGUAUAUGAUUUGUAUGCUUGUGUUUGUCAUACAGGAAGUACUUCUAUGGGCCAUUAUACAUCUUAUACUAAACAUGUGGAGUCAGAAGAAUGGUAUUAUUAUAAUGACGAAUCAGCCACUAAAACAACACCUGGACAAGAAGAUUAUUGUAAUGCAUAUAUUUUGUUUUAUAAAAAACAAGGAUUACCUGAUGAUGAUGCUGAUUCCUCAGGACUGUGAAGUUAUUUUUAAAUAAAAAAAUAAGAACUUAUUAAAAAAUAAUUGCUAUUUUAUAAUUUCUUGUGUUUAUCAAACUAAACAAAAGAAUAUUUUUAAGGUUAAAGGACUAGCCAAUUUUAAUCUUGAAAGUCUUGUCCUCAAUUCUCAUUACUGUUGAUGUUACUUAUAUUAUUAUUAUUUUUUUCUAGUAA